AAUUUUUAAAUUAUUAUUUUUAAACAUAUAUACAUAAAUUACAUACCCAGCGAAACUCGAACUUGACCAAUGUCUGAAGUGGGGGAGCUAAGCAAGGAAUUCGAUUGUCUACUACAAGAAUUAGAAUGUGUUGUUCAGCGUUUGAAUUUCCGUGAGAAGUCCAUUGCUACCGAAUGGAUCAGAAAGUUGAAAAAGGAAAAUUCAUCCUUAGAGGAUUUAAAAUUGCGGUUAGAUUUUAUGGAUUACUUCGUCAAUUGUUGGAAGUGUGGAAUUUUUAGCUCAGAACCUUUUAAUAAAGUACCGCAGCCAAACGUUCCUUUGCAAAAGUUACGAUACUUGCUGCCCGCCGACCAUAAAAUACGCAGCAUCGAUGAAACUUCGGAUGAGCAACGGAAACUGUAUGUAGAAGAAAUGUUUGAAAUGAUGCCCGAUCGAGGCGCCUUUCUCUCUGAUCAACCGGUGCCUUUGGAUGGGACAUUCUUUUUGGUGUUGAUUAAUCAAAAAUAGAUUUCGCAGAAGCAUUUUAUGGCUAUUCAGUCAGGAAACCUGCUCUACGACGAAAUCAUAUCAUUUUGGCGAAAAAAAUCUACUAAUUAUUGAAUAGAGACAUUCACUUUUAUUACAAUACAAAAUUAUGAGUUCAAA